AUGCUGCCCCUCCCUCACUCUGAUGACAGUGUUAGUCUCCUCUACAGCAGGAUGCUGCCCUCCCUCAGUCUGAUGACAGUGUUAGUCUCCUCUACAGCAGGAUGCUGCCCCUCCCUCACUCUGAUGACAGUGUUAGUCUCCUCUACAGCAGGAUGCUGCUCCUCCCUCACUCUGAUGACAGUGUUAGUCUUGCUUCAGACGUCAGGUCUUGCUUCAGACGUCAGGUCUUGCUUCAGACGUCAGGUCUUGCUUCAGACGUCAGGUCUUGCUUCAUACGUCAGGUCUUGCUUCAGUCGUCAGGUCUUGCUUCAGACGUCAGGUCUUGCUUCAGACGUCAGGUCUUGCUUCAGACGUCAGGUCUUGCUUCAGACGUCAGGUCUUGCUUCAGACGUCAGACGUGGUGAAGCCUCUCCUGAUGAGUCGCACCGCGGGGGGAUGUCAGGCACUAUGCAGAGAGGGCGAUCCUCGUACUGCAGGUCCCCCAAGCGUUUAGCUGCAGACAAUACCGUAGUGACGUCCCUCGAGCGAUGA